GUGAAGACUACCCAUAUCUUCGCACAUGGCUUUGAAAAUACGUGAUUGCAAUGGUUUACUUUUGAUAAAAUUAAUCUUUCCUGUUUCGUCUAGAACAGGUUUAAAUGUCGACGAAAUCCUUUUUGUUACUAAUGCAUAUCUGUAAAGAAUGCAGUCAGUACUGUUACAGGUUUUUUUUUUGCAACAUUAUUAAUGCGUACUACAGAACCACUCACUUUUCCUGUCAUUGCUUUUGCUCCAUCGCUGCAAACAAACCGCAUCUGGGGCCUCCUCGUCACCAGUACAAGUAAAUCCAAACGACAGUAUAGACAAGAUGGAACGGUUUCAACUAGUCAGUUUAGUUUAACUUUGAAACAUUGCAUAUAAUCACUUCAAGGUGUGGAAUAUUAUUGAUUGGCUUUGUUUAGUAUGUCCACUAUGGUUGAAACUCGUUCUUCACCAAUUGCUGACUUCUACAAGGAAAGGAGCAUUCUAAUCACUGGAGCUACAGGCUUCAUGGGAAAGGUUCUUGUAGAAAAGCUUCUAAGAUCCUGUUCCCAGUCUAAGACUAUCUAUUUGCUCCUAAGGCCAAAAGAAGGACAAGAGCCCAAGCAAAGGCUUGAUGAACUGCUAAAAACUAAGAUCUUUGAGCGUGCAAAGAAGGAACAACCCGGAUGCACUUCCAAACUGGUUCCUAUUCAUGGUGACCUGACUCUCCCUGGACUGGGUAUUAGUGCCUCUGACCAGUCACUGCUCAUAUCCACUGUCUCCAUUGUCUUUCAUUCAGCUGCCACUGUCAAGUUUGAUGAACCCCUCAAGCGAUCUGUUGAUAUGAAUGUAUUAGGAACACGGCGCCUUGUAGAAUUGUGCCAUAAAAUGACUCACUUGGAGGCCCUGAUCCAUGUGUCCACAGCCUAUUGUAACUGUGAUCGGGAACAAGUUGAUGAAGUGGUCUACGAUCCCCCUGUGCCUCCACAGAAGAUUAUCGACACCAUCCAAUGGAUGGAUGAGGAUCUUGUGAGCAUUCUAACUCCUCAUCUAAUCAAGGGUCGUCCCAAUACUUAUACAUAUACCAAAGCCCUUGCAGAGACACUCCUGGUGGAAGAGAGUGGAGCCCUGCCAGUUGCCAUUGUGCGACCAUCCAUUGUCACAGCUGCCUGGAAAGAACCUUUUCCUGGUUGGGUUGAUAAUUUUAAUGGACCCACUGGUCUUAUAGUUGCUACAAGUAAAGGCAUUUUACGUUCUAUGCAUUGUAAAUCGUCAAGUAUAGCUGAUCUAAUACCUGUAGAUGUUGUAAUAAAUCUAGUCAUCACUGUUGCUUGGUAUACUGCCACUCACAGACCCAAUAGUCUCCUGGUAUACAAUUGUUGUAGUGGCAGCACCAACCAUUUAACGUGGGGUGGGGUGGAGCGAUUGGCCAUCCCCCUCAUCCUACGCCACCCCAGCCGUGGUGUGUUCUUCUACCCCAAUGGCAGCUUCACCGAUUCUCGCCUCUGGAACCAGAUGUGUGUGUUGCUCUACCAUCGCCUUCCUGCCUAUGCUCUUGAUCUGGCUGCUGUGAUCACUGGACACAGGCCUCAACUCGUUCCCCUGUAUAGGAAGUUACAUAGGGCAAUACAGUGCUUGGAGUACUUCACGACUCACGAGUGGGCCUUCAGCAGUAAUAAUGUGCUGAUGCUCUUAGAGAAAGUCGCUCCUGAAGACAAACAGAUGUUCAACUUCGAUAUUAAGGCUCUGCAUUGGCCUACGUAUCUAGAGGACUACAUCCUAGGCAUUCGUCAGUUCCUUUUGAAGGAAGAUCUCUCCUCCCUUCCUAUGGCAAGGAAGAGUCUCAAAAGGAUAUACAUGUACACAAAAGCAGCGCAUUUUAUGUUAUUGUUCCUGAUGUGGAAGCUAGUGUUUAUGCGCUAUGACGGUGCUCGCAAGCUGUGGUUUGUUUUUGUCUCCAUGAUUGUUAAACUGUUUAGCAUGUUACCCCGAAUCACAUCCUGAAGAAAGACGACACCUAGCAAAUUGAAAAUGGUGCACCUUCCACUCUGGAACAAUUCUUGUUCUUUAGUCACUCUUCUAAUGACGACUCUCUAGGGAACUGUAAUAAUGUCUAGGUUAUUUAUGUCAGAAUCAAUGCAGAUGCUUUUAAUAUAGCUUUUCUCCCAUCUUUACAGUCUAUGCUUUCGAAGGACAAAUUUCUCACUAGGUUCGGAAAUUCUUUGAAGAAUCAAAAUUUAAAUCUACAGGAUUCCUGCAUGAGCUGCAUUUGUUUAGUGCAUGGUUCUCUGAAUGCUUAAAAUGGACUCGGGGAGUUGAAACACCAAUAAUUGCAUAAAAUUUAGUCAUAUAUUGCUAAAUCAAGGUACUUUUUAAUAUUCCUAGAUAUGGAAAAUAUUUCUGUAAUUAUAGUUUUUGUCAAGGGUUUGCAAGAAAUUAUUGGAUUACCAAAAAUAAAUUUAACAACUUUUGGCUAAAAUAUUAAAUUUGCUCUAUCAUAUAGUGUGAACUAAAAAAAAAUUACCCAUAUAAAUGUGGAAAAUGCUUUAGAUUUUAAUUUUCUUCCUGUAAUAAAAUUAAUCAGUGGAAGAAUGUUCAUUAUUUAUUGAAACAGCAAAAAAUUUCAUCAGGCUUUUCUUGUAAUAGUAAUUUUUAUUUUUGAGUAUUUUAGGAUUUUUAUUUUAAAAUUCACUCCUUAUUUAAUGGCUAAAAAUAUGCUUAGAGCAUUUUCCUUUUAAAUUAUUCAAAAUUUUUUGAGGGUUUUGAAUUUAGAAAUGAAAACCAUAUAUUUUCAAUAUAUUCCAUUAAAGAGAAAUUGUUCUUUUGUCUAUCAUUUAAAAAAUAUAAAUGGAAAUUUUUAUUGUUGAGCUUUGUUAGUUGAUUUCUCAAAUUAUUUUUCUAGCAUGAGAAUCAUGCACAUUUGAUGUAUCUUGGAACAUGCAGAUUUAUGUAUUUUAUAUGUCAGCCAUCGUCUUUUAGCUUAUUGGUUAUAUCACUUCGUAACAAAUUAAACUUGAACUUUAAUAUUUUCUAGAAUGCAUUUAUUUCUAUUGAAACAAAUUGUUUUGUAGAAACAAAUAAAACAAUGGAGAUCAUUUCUCCGUGUAAAGCGCCUAUUAAAAUUCAACUGCAAUAAUUAAAUUAUAUUAAUAAAGAUAUAAGACUUAACUACUUGACUGUUGUCUUUACAUUUUAUUCUACUUAUUCUCUUGAUCAAAAUUUUAAAAUCUGUGUUAUUAUGUACAGAAAAAAAUGAUACAGUUUCUAACCUUAUUAAAAUGUGACAAUAAUCACCCAUAAAAAGUUUAAAACCAUAAAGACUUUUUAUAGUUUUACCUUAUGAUAGUUUUUAUAUUGAUGCAAGACAUUUUUGCUUCUAAGACAGUGGCCACUUCUUAAGAAAAGUUAAAAUCUGUAGUGUAUACAUUAAAAUCUGUAGGAUAUGAAUGUUAAAACAAAAGAAAAAAAACAUUCUUUUCUUUAUGUAAUAAAUUUAGUUUUUAAAAUUUUUUUCCUAGCAUUUUAGAUUUUGUCAUCAUUUCAUAUAAGUAUCAUGCUUUGCACCGUUUUCUUGUAUAAAUAAAAUUGUUAUGUUUUGUUUUAGUCUGUAUUUGUAAUUUAUUUAUAAUUGUUGAUUUUUUGCCACCCCCUGCUUUUUUUAACAUUGUAUUAGUCUUUAGAAUGUGGUAUAUUUGUCGAAUUCCCCCCUUCCUCUUUUCUCUUAUUUAAAAAAUACCUGUGCUCCUCAUAUAUUAAAAUUGAAAUUACAAUCUCAAACUUUCAAUGUUUUUUUAUUCCUGGCUGAAAUUUUCAUUAGGUUGUUUGAUGAAAUAUUUUAAUACCAUAUUAUGAUCCUAAUAUAUGUAAAUAAAUGAUUUGGUUUCUAUGAGGUAACAUUUAUUUCCCUGAAUAUGAAUUUGUGACCGAGGGAAGUGCUACUUGUAAGGAUAGUUGAUUUUGUGAUUGUUGAAUUUUGUUUUCAUUCCUUUAUGAACAUUUUUAUAGUUCCUAAUUUCAUUAAACAUUUCAUGGAAUUUUGUUAACAUGAUGCUUUCAUACUAACAAGCAUUCUAAAUAAGAAAUUUUCAGUUGUCAUUUCGUUGUUUGCUAGUCAUAAAUACUCCUUUAGGUUGUUGGUGGCUACUUUAGUUUGAACCUUCAGUAGUCUAUUUUGGGCAGACAGCUAAAAUUUAGUUUUCAUUAGAAAUUUUGGGAGUAUUUAUGGUUGUCAUUGGUCAUUUAUCUCAUAGGCAUGCCUGAUCAGUUUUUAUUAAUCCUUUGAUGCAACAACACAUGUGUAUUGUAGCAGUGGAUCAUUAUUCAUUUUGAUGGGUUAUGAAAUCGUUUUAUGAUUUUAUGACAUUUCAGCAUAAGAAAGAGAGGUUUUUUAAGUUUUAGAACUAUUAUGUCACGGUCUUAGUAAUCUGAUUUUAUUGGUGGCAAUAGAUAUGAUGCCGGGGAAUACUGGACAUGACACAAAGAAUUUCUUUACUUUUGCAGUAUUUUUUAGUAGCCUAAAAUUAAAAAAAAAAAAAAAAAAAAACACUCUGAAAUCUAAUAGCUGUUUCUAAUUGGAAUUGUUUCUGAUGAAAUUUUAAUGAAUUGAAUUUUGGAACAAAAUUAGACAGGUCUUAAAAAUUGAGGAUUGUUGUGUCUGUAAAAUUAGCUUAGUUUUAACGUGUGGUUUUAAUAUCUGGAUUUUAUUAUGGUGAUGAGGUUUGUUAAAUAAGAUCUUUAAUAUCACCUUUUUUCCUUUUCUUUUCUUUGCUCAAGAUUGUAAGAUGGUGGUGAAAGCCCAUUGUGCAGCUCUGUUAUGACAUUGAUUCAAAUAAUUAAUCAAAAAUGCUUCAUUCUGAUACUUCUUCAUCCUCUAAUGAGGAAAAUUGAAGCAAGCCUUCAGAACAUUGUUCUGUUGUAUUUAUAUAAUAUGCCACCAACUGGUGUUCGAUAUUUGAGCUAUAUUUUUAGAUAAUGCUCAUUAAUCGACGAUUGCCGGUAGGCGCGAACAAAAUGUUAUUUCUGCAGCUAUGCUUUUUAAGUCUUGUGCCAAGUUUACCAUUGCAGUGUCUUUGAGAAUUUGCGAUUAUCUGCUGUUCAGAGAUUAAUACUAUUUCGAUUUUAUGUAUAAGCUAAGCUGGAAAGGUUUGUAAAUGAUCCACAAUAUCUUUGUAUUUUAGAAAAAUCAUGAUGAAAUGUAUAUGUAUGUAAGUUAACCAAGUUCAUAAUUGUGGAUGUGUUAACAUAGGCCUCAUGUGUGUCUUCUGAUGAAGUGAUCAGACAAUGUUCGUAAAUCAUCUAUGCAAAUUGAGAUUGAUUUGAGCAAUCGAUAUAAUUGCUUUUGUUUGUUAUGGUAUUAAAGACUGUAGGCCUCUGUAUUUAUCCUUUGUUUUGUUGCUUGUUAUUGAUAGUGUUUGAAAAAAUUUAUUUGCCUUUUGCUAAUUGAACAAAGAUCAAUUUAAUUUUGAUUCAAAAAUUAAUAUAUUUUCAUUAUAUAGUUCAUAAAUGUUUUCAAAAUUUUAUAAAUUAAUAUAUUGUGAUUCCAUAUUAACUUUGUUUUUUAAGAUUUAAGCUUUGAUAUGAAAUAUCCAUAUAUCGGACACACAUUGACUUUUAAAAAUCUGUUUUUAAAGAAUUACUUUAAACUGUUUAAGAUUUGAUAGCCGUUUAAAUAAUAAAGAUAAUCUUAGAAUAACCUCUUAUUCCUUCAAAUGGUGAGUUACUUAGAUUUGAAUGAUAGAAUUCUAUUAGGCGAGUUAAAAGUGUGAAUAGUGGGGGGAAAAUGCAUUUGUUUAUCAAGUUACAGAAGAUUUUUCAGAUACUCUCAAACUAAAUUAAAACUCUUAAGCAGUGUGGAAUUUUUUGGUUUUAAUAAUAUUAGGUCUUAUAAAAUGGCAGUAUUGUCAUUUAUACAGCAAUUUUUUUCUGUGAGUAUCAUUUAAUAUAAAAAUAAAAUUGAAAAUUUUAGAUUGUAUUUUUUUGCAUUUAUAACGUUUUCAAAUAACUUGACACUGAAGAGGAAUUAUUAAUUAUUAACAAUUGGAAUUGUUACAAAGUUAAGAGAUCUCGUAUGUAAUUCUCAACAAAAAUUAUCAUCGAAUAAAUAUUUUUGAAAUUCCAAAAUGUUGCAUUUAAAAUGUAUUUCCCUUUAAUUAUGAUAAUUCAGAAAUAAAUAUAAACAGUUUAAUUUUGAAUGAUAUAUUAAGAAGGAACAUAUGUAUAUGUUCUCUUAAUUCUUAAAAUUCUUGCACUUUUUUUUUUUUUUUUUUUUUUUGAAUGUUUUCUAAAAAUAUGAAAAAAAAUUAUUCAUCCCUUUUAAUAGUAAAAUGCUUUCUGUAAGUAACAAUAAUAGUUAAAUGCAAAGUUAAAAUACAAUCCAAGUCUUGUAUAACCAUUAAAACUUUAUUUAAACUCAAUAUAAUGCAAUAAAUAAAUUAGAAUUUCUACAAACCUCUCUCAGCUCUAUAUCAGUUUGAAAUUUUAGCUACUGUUAAAGCAGUUUUUAUGUUUCCUUAAUUGCUGAAUGGUAAAUUUUUAGUACAGAAAUGAUUAAGCUAUAAAAUAGUCAGAAUAACUAUGGUAGGACACCAGUUAAAACAGAGCACAUUUUUUGCAAGCAUGUAUUAGAUUAAAUGAUGAGUGGUAUUGGAGUGCAUUAAUUCCUUGAAUUUGACUGCCAUUUACAGAAUAUUUUGAUAUAGAAAAAUAUUAUUGUCUGUGUAGUCUGUGAUCACUCAUUUUAAUCUGUUAAAUGAAUAUUUUAUAGAAGUCUGUGAGAAUGCAUUCUUUUGUACUUAAAAUGUGGAAUGAAAUAAAUAUCAUGGAAAAAUAUCUGAAUUAAAGAAAAAAAGUUAAUUUCAAGCUUUAGAAAUGUGUAUUAAAAAAAGAGUAAAAUAUAAAUAUUUGAGUAUUAUUCAAUUUUAAGCUACUUUUUUUGUGCUUCAUUGUUAAUAAUUUGUGUAUGAUUAAUUUAUUAAAAGAAUAAUGACAUAAUUUAAUAUAAUACUAAUUGAUCAUUUCAAAAUUUAUUAUAUAAGAUAUAUUGUUAUAACAGAAUAUUAUGACAUGUUGAGAUAAUGUGUUAUUUCUGUUGUCUAAGUUGUUGUUUUAAACUUUUCUAAUUUUGGUUUGGGAAAAAUAUUGUGAAUCAAAUAUUAGGUUGAAACUAUUUUUAAUAAUAAAUUAAAAAUUCAAUACUUGGAAGAUAAGAGUUGUAAAUAAUAAUAAUGUAGAUUAAACAUAGUAUGUUUACUACCCAUGCCUUUAAUUGGACAUCUUUGAAACUGUUCUUGAAUUUUGCAAUAUUUCUAUGAGAUAUAGGGGGGAAAAUUCAUUUGGAGCCCCCCUCCUGUAGUUCAAUUAUUUUUUCUCUAUAAUGUAUUGCAUUUAUAAAAUUCUGUGGUCCUUAUGGAUGCAGUUUGGGAAUCUUAUUUGUCAUAAAUCAACAGAUAUAUUCUGUGAAUAGAAAUGUUGCAAAAUAUCUGGAACUUUUGAAGGUGCUCAAGUGCCUUUUACAAUGAAUGCAUGAGUUAGUAAGAUGAUUUUGCUAUUAUAAGCGCAUAGGCUUACUAGUUUUUUUUCUUUUUUAUUUCCGUAUUGAUCAACAUCAUCAAAAUAGGAAAUUUGCUAUCAAGGCAAUAAGAUACCAUGUAAGUGCCCAAUUCUUUACUCUUUGCAUUCUUAAAAAUAAAGGAUGGUUAAGAUUCAAGUAUCUUUAUUCAUAAUUCUGUAGAGAAAAACCAUUGGUCCUCAAAACACCAAACCUUAAUGAUAAAUUUAGAUCAUAAAGACAUGAGUUUUCUUCAAUUUUUUCAAAAAUUGUUAAAAAUUUAAUUCAGUUAUUUAUAAAUAAUUUAUUGUAAAUGGUAUAAAUUUGGGAUACAUGAUAAGUAUUGUCAUAAACGCCCAAAUAUUUGAUCAUCUUACGUAAUUAAAAAAAUUUAAAAAUCGUUACAUAUUUUUAUUUAAUUUUAUUUCUUCCAUAAUUAUAAAAUUUUGUUUCAAUUUUUCUCUCACUUUUUGAUGUAUUAGUUCUGAAAUUUUGUAAUGUUAAAAUAAUACUUUAAUAUUUAAAAACCUAAUUAUCAAAUAGUUUAAUUAAAUUUUUAAUUCCAUAUGUGUGGUACCAUCUGGUAGUUUAUAAUAAGGAAUUAUAAAGUCUAAAAAAGUAGAAAAUUAUUAAAAUAAGCACUUAAGUGUAUAUAAUAGAAAAUAAUUUUUUAUUAAGUCUCUUGAUCUCUUCCUCCCACCUCUCCUUCUGCUACUCAUAUAUACCUCCAAGUUUUUUUAUUUUAUUUUUAUGAUUGCUAUUUCUUUCUACAGUACUGUGAACAAGAUUACGUUAAUUCCAACCAUCCAUCAUUUUGAUCUUAUAUAAAGCUUAAAAAAAGAAAGAAGAAUGCAAGCAAAAGCAGGAAGUGUUGAGAGUGAAAAUUCUCUUGUAGAAUUUUAUUUUGACCAUCAGUUGUAAUAAUAAAUUUUUUCCCUUUCUCUCAGUGUUGUAGAAUUUUAAAAUUUCGAAACCUGCAAUUUUUCAUCCUAAAUAACUGCUUUUUUGUACAGUGUUAUUCAACAUUAGUACUUUCUGAUGCUCAUUGCAAUAGUGUAACUAAAAUCCAGUCUACCUUUGUGAAUGAAAAUGUGGCACUAAACAACCUUUCUGUUUGUGUUAAAAUCUUCUAAAGUACGAUUUCAGCUCUUCUGUUUUAUUCAGAUUUCACUUUCACAAAUUUAGACAUUUUUUAAAAAAAUUUGAAUUAUAUUUCAAUAAUGGAAGCAUCAUCUGAAGCCUUUUACCUUAUAUGACUAUGUACGAAAAUGACUCGUGUAAAUGUAACUUAUCAAUACAUGCUGUUUUUGAUAAAAAGUAAAAAAUGUGCUGACUA